UUCAGUUUUUCCUUCGAGUGCUAUCAACGUCGAUCAGACAGACGCACAUGAAUCGCAUCUUUGGCAAGAAGAAGCCCGAGGCGCCUCAAGUGAACAUCACCGAUGUGCAUGGACGAGUGGAAGGGCGAGUAGACAAUCUCGACAUGAAAGUAUGCAUCAUCAACAGGGGAUGGUUGUUCUAAUCCCUGUGGAACGUACAAUGCAGAUUUCAAAGCUGGAAGAAGAGCUGCAAAAGUACAGACAACAGAUGGCAAAGGCCAAAGGGCCGGCACUGACGUCGAUCAAGCAACGGGCCCUUCAAACCCUCAAGCGAAAAAAGAUGUACGAGCAACAACGCGACUCCAUGGCAGCACAAUCGUUCAACAUCGAACAAGCGUCGUUUGCCAUCGAAACCGCCAAGGAUUCGUUGGAUACCGUGUCCGCGAUGAAGUCGGCAGCCACGCAAUUGAAAGCGGAAACCAAGAAAUUCAACUUUGCCGAGCUCGAGAACGUUCAAGACGACAUGGCCGACAUGAUGGACGACAUGAACGAAAUCCAAGAAAUCCUCGGCCGGUCCUACGGCGUUGGCCAAGACAUCGACGAGUCCGAAUUAGAAGCAGAAUUAGAGGGCCUGGAGGACGAAUGGGCCAUGGAGGAGGCGGUCGCACCGCAGCAUGCCGCGCCGUCCUACCUGGCGACAGACUUGCCGGCAGCCCCCACUGGAGUUAAGGACACACCGACCGCCGCUGGCGUCGACGAGUAUGGACUUCCCCUCGCGCCCGUAGCUUUGCGGUAGAUGUAGCUGCAACUGAAUCAUCUAUCGACGUUUCCGCAACUUUAGAAUUCGGGGGAUGUAAUAUUUCAACCACACUAUUUCUAGUGGUAAAAUUAGUGGUCUUGAUUUAAGGUAGUACCAUAAUUAGUGUGUGCCCAUACACUAUAUAUGGAACCAUCCGGAU